CUGUUAAAGUUUGCUUUUUUAUGCAUCUUCAAUCACUCUGCUUUGCUUUUCUGUGUUGUGAAAUUUACUUUUUCUUGUUAUUCUGUUUUUCUUAAUUGGGCUGUUUUUUUUUUUUUUUAUCUAUACAUAUUUUAGUGCCCUAAUAGUUUUUAUAGAAUAUGUAUGUGUGAUAUUGCUAAGGCAUGUUUGAUGUGGAAUUGCUGUUAUGUGGGGUUUGUUUAUGCUUCUAUGCUAUAUUGGAAUUUCUGUUAUGUGGGUUUGGUUGGAUGAUUUGCUUGUGGGAAUAUAUUCAUUUCAUGCCUUGUCUAGACUUGAUGCUAGUGAAGUGACUGUUAUAAUGUUUCAGAAGUAUGAUUUCUAGAUAUAUCGGCGCAUUCUGAGCUGUGAUUUUCAUGUUGUUCCCACUUGUGUAUAAUUGAUUUAUUGUUUCUUGAAUACAUUUGAUACUGAGUUAGUUUGCAGAUAUAAGUCUCACUUCAAAGGAAAGCUACUAUUUGGAUAAUAAUGGGGGCGUCUAGCUCCAAAUUGGAUGAUGAUAAGGCACUCCAACUGUGCCGUGAAAGGAAGAAAUUUGUUAGGCAGGCACUUGAUGGGCGAUGCUCGCUCGCAGCGGCCUAUGUUUCAUAUGUCCAGUUGUUGAGAAUUGCAGGAACGGCUAUGAGGAAGUUCACGGAACCUGAAGCGCCAAUUGAAUCUUCCUUGUAUACAUCGACUAACGCAACACCCGAGCCACUUGUGUUUAAUGAGAAAACCCCGUCUCAGUUCUCAUUCUCUUCACCAUCUGCAUCACAGCGCAUUGAUCCACAUGAAAACUUUUCUCCAACGCCCUCUCCUCCCAGUUCUACUAAGUUCCAAGCUAAUCAUAUGAGGUUUAGCAGUAGUUCGUCUAAAAAAGUAGAAGAAAAACCACCUGCACCUGUUAUAGGAACAGUAACAUCAUCGGCUGCUCCACAAAAUGCCGCUCCCUUUUCUGCCGAAAGGUCUGAAACUUCAGCGUUUGAAGAUUCUUCACUUCCAAAUGGAACUCAACCAUGGGAUUUUUUCGGUCUUUUUCAUCCUAUGGAUCAUCAAUUUUCUUUUCAAGAAGGAAAGGGAAUACAUCGAGACAUGGGAAUUGCCGAUGAUAUAACAAGAUUAAGGGAGGAGGAAGGGAUUCCGGGGUUGGAGGACGAUGAAGAGAAGGUUUCUUCUCAAGGAAGUGAGGUCUCUCAUGACUCUAUAGAUGAAUUUGAUGAUGAGCCUUCCACAGAUACCCUCGUCCGAAAAUUUGAAAAUUUUAAUAGAGUAAAUGACCAAGUUCAACCCAAUGGAUUUCAUGCCACGGAUAAGCCUCAAGCAGGGGAUUCGGUUGUGAACGGGGAGAAGGAGAGCUUUGCCUCUCCUGAUGUAUCACCAUUAAAGACAGCAACUUCUGUAUCAGCACUUCCAACUGAAACAAAUAAGUCAGUGGAGAAAGAAAAUCACUCUGAAAAUAAAGUUGUACCUAAGGACUUUUUUGCAAGCAUGAAAGAAAUUGAAUAUCUUUUUGUUAGAGCAUCUGAAUCUGGAAAAGAGGUUCCAAGAAUGCUUGAAGCAAAUAAGUUACACUUUCGUCCUAUAUUUCCUGGCAAAGAAAAUUCUUCGAUGGGGUCCUCAUUUUUGAAGGCUUGUUUCUCUUGUGGGGAAGAUCCAAGUCAAGUUCCAGAAGAACCUGCUCAAAACUCGGUCAAGUACUUAACUUGGCAUAGGACAAUGUCAUCUAGAUCCAAUUCAUCCAGAAAUCCUUUGGGAGCAAACUCAAAAGAUGAUAUAGACAACCAUACAAAUAAUCUCUUUGAUAGUUUCUGUAUGAUCUCUGGAAGCCAUGCAUCGACCUUGGAUAGAUUAUUUGCGUGGGAAAGAAAGCUCUACGAUGAAGUCAAGGCUAGUGGGGUGAUCAGAAAGGAAUAUGACACCAAGUGUAAAAUCCUGCAGCAUUUGGAAUCAAAAGGAGAAAAGACUUCUACGAUUGAUAAAACCCGUGCUGUAGUUAAGGAUCUGCAUUCAAGAAUCAGAGUUGCUAUUCUUAGGAUAGAUUCUAUAUCUAAGAGGAUCGAGGAAUUGCGGGACAAAGAACUUCAGCCACAACUUGAGGAGUUAAUUGAAGGGUUAAGUCGGAUGUGGGAAACUAUGUUUGAAUGCCACAAGCUCCAGUUUCAGAUUCUGUCAACAGCAUAUUACAACAACCAUGCUAGAAUCACCUUGCAUUCCGAAACACGUAAACAAAUUGCUUCCUAUCUCGAAAGUGAACUCCAUUUUCUGGCAUCAAGUUUUACCAAGUGGGUUGGAGCUCAAAAAUCUUAUCUAGAGGCUAUAAACGGAUGGCUAAACAAAUGCGUCUCUCUUCAACAGAAAACCGCCAAGAAAAAAAGGAGGCCUCAACCUCCACUCCUCAGAAUGUACGGUCCGCCAAUUUACGCCACCUGUGGUAUCUGGUUGGAUAAGCUCGGUGAAUUACCCACCCAAGAAGUCGUAGAUUCCAUCAGGAGUUUAGCUAGCGAAACUUCCCGAUUCUUACCGCGUCAAGAGAAGAGCCAUGCUAAAGUUGCAAAACAUCCUCAUGUAGCAUCAUCCUGGAACACAGACAUCGGCAACGAGUCAUCAGAUAAUCUAUUGGGAGACGACGCUUCGGAGGACUGGAUGUCGGGUUUUGAUCAAUUUCGAGCAAGCUUUAUAAGAUUUCUCGGUCAGUUAAAUAAUUUUUCCGGGUCUUCUGUCAAGAUGUACACGGAACUGAGACAAGCCAUUCAGCAUUCCAAGACUCAUUAUCAUCAUCAUGGAUCAAAUUCUCAGACUCAAGAUGAUCAUUCAAAGCCAGAAUCAAAAGUUGAAGAGUCUGAGAAUCAAAAUUCAAAACAGUAAAAAGAUAAUUGCAUUAGACACAAGAAAUGCAUUUUUGACUUUCAUAUAAGCAAGCCCUUUGGAUGUGGCAUUGGCACAUGAGAAGGAGGGAAUACAAACUUCAUUGGAUGAUCAUACUUUAUAUCACAGUUUAAUCUUUUCAAUAAUAAAAGAGAGUGGUGAACUUACAGGUUAGGUAAAUGGUGUAAAUUACAGGGUUUCUGUUAAGUAUACAAAAAGAAGGAACUUGUAAAGUGUCAUUUUUGUACACAACUGUGUCUUGUAGGACUUAAUUUUUAUCGAUGUAAAAAUAUGAAUUUAUUUGCAUGA